AAGAAAAUUCCUGCACUUGUUUUCUUGGAGCUUUUGAGAGAGCUUGAGAGAGAGAAUUAGAGAGUUUGGUGGAGCCUAGGAGAGGUUACCCCGUCGUACCCAACAGUCAUCACCGGUGGCUCUUGGUUCUCUUCCCCUUCUCCCCGUUCUUCCCUCACCUCCAUAGCCGACCAACCCCCACCUCACCCGAGCUCCUCUUGCCCCUCACAAACCCACGACCAAAUCCCUCUCCACCUACCACCCGACCCCCUUCCCUUUUACCUCACCUAUGGUUUCCCCACCCAAAUCGCCGACCUCCUUGCUCCCCUUUGGGAUUUCCCCCCCAAGACUCCACCACCUCUUGAUUCCUUUCCAUAAAUAAUUAUUCUUACCUUGGGAAGAUGCAAUUUCAAAUUUGAAAACAAAAAUUGAAUUUGAAAUUUCUUUCCUAAUUUAAGAAAUUUAUUUUAGGAAAGUUUCCAAAUCUAGAGCCUAUUUGAAUCUCAAAUUUAAGAGGAGUUAAUUAAUACCUUUCCUAUUUCUUUUGGUUAAAUUAAGAAACUCUUAAACUCUCUUUAUUAAUGCCAACUUGGCCAUCAAUGCUGCCGGCCCCCUUAGUGGUUGGAUUAUGAUUUUUUUCCUAAAACCCAAUUUUUCUCUUUGGAAAUAUUUUCCCUCUCUAACCAACCGAAAUUUUCAAAAGCCCAAGCCUUUAUUUACUUUCCAUAACUGAGAAUAGAAUGAGGAAAUGAAUCCCUAAUUACCUCUACAUCCCGGGUGGCUCCCUUACUGAAUUAUUUCCUAAAGCAUUGUUUCUCUUUGGGAAAAGUUUGGACUUCAACCUGCUGCUGGCCGAAUUGUCCCAAGGCCUCACCUUGGGUUGCCUCUCUUCCAAAUCCCCUCCCCACCCUCAAAUUUUCACUUGAGUUCCCAACUUGAAUCUUCCUUCCCCUACCACUAUUUUCUCUAGAGAGUCUGAGAUUCCUCUCAAGUUUUGGGAACAAAGAAAUUUGAAAUUGCUCUCAGAUUUUGGAGAAGAGAUCGGUCUUCCUUCACCCAUGAAUGGCGGAUUCAGAGACUGAUUAUGGCAUAACAUGGGACGAGGACGGUUCGUCGACAUCCUACAAUCUACUUUCUUCGACGUGAAUCCAAGGAUUGAUCUCACCGUCGAAGAUUACUUGAAGCACACUUUGAUCUACUUGGUAGAAGCCAUUGACGAGUACUUCGAAGGCAUCGAAUGAAGGAUAUCCAUCGCUCCUUGACGAAGGUUAAAUCGAUGGCGGAUGUCUGAUUCAACGACGGAUUCUAGGAUAUCUGAUUGUGCCAAUGGAGGGAGCCAUGGAGUUUGUCAUUUGUCACGAUUCACCGUAGGUGUUUCACGGGUUGCAGAUAUGGUUGCCCAACCCAUUGGUUUGGUGGCCGGAUUUGAGUAACUUUUUGUAUGGAAAGUUUUAUGCUAUCACCGCAUCUCAACUGAGAAACGAUGGAAUACGGUGUUGAGCUCAUCUAUGCUCUACGUGUGCCUGAUUUAGCAGCCCUUUGCGUUAGAGAAACUGAAGUUGGAGAGGCACGGAGCAUGGAGAAUAAAGGGCAUCGGAAGCUAAAAGUGGCAAUCAUUCAUCCUGACCUUGGAAUAGGUGGGGCUGAAAGAUUAAUUGUUGAUGCAGCUGUUGAACUUGCUUCACAUGGGCAUAAUGUUCAUGUUUUCACUGCUCACCAUGACAAAAGCCGUUGCUUUGAGGAAACCAUGUCUGGAAAAUUUCAGGUGGCAGUAUAUGGCAGUUUCCUGCCUCGCCAUCUUUUCUACCGGUUUCAUGCGGUCUGUGCUUAUAUUCGAUGCAUUUUUGUUACCCUUUGUGUGCUUUUCAUGUGGCCAUCAUUCGACAUUAUACUGGCAGACCAAGUUUCUGUUGUUGUUCCUUUGUUGAAAUUGAAAAGGCCGGGAAAAGUAAUAUUCUACUGCCAUUUUCCAGAUUUGUUACUUGCUCAACAUACCACAUGGCUUAGAAGGAUGUACCGCAAACCAAUCGACCUGCUUGAAGAGAAGACUACUGGUAUGGCGAAUUUGAUUCUUGUUAAUAGUAGAUUUACUAAAUCUACAUUUGCCACUACUUUCAGAGGCCUUCAUUCGAGAGGAAUAGAACCAGCUGUUCUUUAUCCUGCAGUUAAUGUGUCACAAUUCAGUGAACAAUGCAGCUAUAAGCCCAAUUUUCUUUCAAUUAACCGUUUUGAAAGGAAAAAAAACCUGCAGUUGGCAAUUUCAGCGUUCGCAUUGCUAUCUUAUUCUGGUACUAAUUCAUAUGGGGCAACUUUGACAAUUGCUGGUGGUUUUGAUAAACGUCUGAAUGAAAAUGUGGAGUACCUAGAAGAGCUUAAACAGUUGGCAGAAGUAAAUGGAGUGUCAAAUAGGGUCAUGUUUGUCACUUCCUGCUCGACACAAGAAAGAAACGCAUUACUCUCCCAAUGUUUGUGUGUUUUGUACACUCCAGAGAAUGAACAUUUCGGUAUUGUACCCCUGGAAGCAAUGGCUUCACAGAAGCCUGUUAUUGCAUGCAACAGUGGAGGACCUAUGGAGACGGUCAAGAAUGAGGUUACAGGUUUUCUGUGUGAACCAACCCCUUCAGAAUUCUCAAAGGCCAUGGCCAAGCUAUUGUCCGACGGUGAGCUUGCUGUAAGGAUGGGUAAAGAAGCACGUCUCCAUGUCGCAGAAAUGUUCUCCACCAAGACAUUUGGAGAUCAGUUGAACCGUUAUGUUCUUGAUACUUGCCAUCACAGGAUUGAGUGACCAUUUGGCUGGCUAUACACCAUUGACUUUUUGCUAUAAGAAUUCUGGUCCUAAUAAAAAGGGAAUGAAGAAAGCGAUGAAGAUCAUAUCAAUGACUCGAUGGCUUGAUAGCAGUGGUGGAUUUCUUUCUGUGAAACUUUGUUUCUCCAUUGUUGGUAUAAGAAGACCUGCUGCACAGUAAUAAAUCUGUAUUAUUUAGAUGUGGAAUUGACAGAGCUAAGAUUUGUUCGACCAUCUGACAAUUUUGUAGGCUGGAAUUUUGGCACUGAAGUUAGUUUAUGGCGUCAGUUGGCACUAAGGCUU